AUGCUUGAUUUCACCAACAUGAGGUCUAUAGACGUGGACGUAGCAAAAAGGACUGCUUGGGUCCAAGCAGGCGCUACGCUUGGUGAACUCUACUACAAAAUUUCGCGAGAGACCGAUACCUUGUAUUUCCCGGCAGGUGUUUGCCCAACGGUGGGUGUUGGUGGUUACAUGGGCGGUGGUGGCUACGGAAACCUGUUGAGAAAAUACGGUACUGCUGCCGAUAAUGUUCUGGAUGCUCGCUUCAUGGAUGUUGAUGGGAAUAUUCUCGACAGGAAAUCAAUGGGAGAAGAUUUGUUUUGGGCGAUCCGAGGAGGUGGUUCUUCAAGUUUCGGAAUUGUUCUUGCAUGGAAGCUGAGCUUGGUUCCAGUUCCAAAAAAAGUAACCGUCUUUAUAGUGAAUAAAACUUUGGAACAAGGGGCAACCGAAAUCUUCCAUAAAUAUCAAUACGUUGCACCAAAUAUCGAUAGAAAUUUGCACAUAAGAACUCAAGUUUUUGCCGAAUAUAUCGGCAACACCACCAAGAAAACCAUAAGAAUUAUGUUUGAAGGAAUAUAUCAGGGCACAACCGACACAUUGCUUCCGUUGCUUUCCAGAAAAUUUCCAGAGCUCGGUGUUACCCGAGAGAUUUGUGAAGAAAUUAGAAUGGUCCAGUCGACCCUUGUGUUUUGGGGCUUGCCAAGCUCCACCCCGACUCAGAUUCUUACGAACCGAUCUGCCAUUGCCAAGCUGAACAACAAAAGCAAAUCAGAUUAUGUCCGGACACCCAUCCCCGUAAGUGGGCUCAGAAAGAUAUGGAGAAAGCUUAUCCAAAACGAUGAAUCAGCGCUUCUGAUGAUCAAUCCAUUUGGCGGAAGGAUGGCUGAUUUCUCAGAGACUGCAAUUCCAUAUCCUCAUAGAGCGGGCGUGUUGUUACAAAUUCUCAAGACUGUCGAUUUUAACGGUCAACCUUCAGACACAACCCCUACAUCCCUCAGGAGGAUAGCUUGGCUGUGA